UAAUGCCCCAGGUAUAAUUUCGAGUACAUAUCAAUCGCGUUGAUGAUUGCAGGCUCCAUAUGGCAUCGCAGCUUCAGCUUCUUCCCGUAUCUCAGAUCAAGCGCCAACCGACAAUUCGUAUUGGAAGCUACAUACUACAUAUAUGAUUCAGAAUUCAGAUUGGCCUUCAGAGUCUUGCUCAACGAGCUGCAAAACAGUUUAAUUGACAAACAUAGCUAACAAAUAACCUACUGAUCGUAUCCGAUUACACAUCUGUUGAUCACGCAUUCUCAGGGAAGAGGCGAGAAGGCUGAAAAGAAGGUCGACUUUAUGCGUUUUUUGAUUGACGAGAUCUCCUGUGAUCGCAAAAGCCAUCGGGUAAGGGGUUUAUGCGAUAGAGGGUAAGGAUAUUCUUGUCCAUUUAGUUAUUUUUUUCAAUCUUAAUGAUUUUAAACUGUAAAAAAUGAUUAUUAAAUAGUAAAAUCUAUUUAAAAAUUAGAUUCGGGUAAAUAUGAUAUUUUAAAAAAUUAAGAAGUACAAAUAUAAUAUUUAAAGUUUAAGUCGGCCAAAUACGAUAUUUAGAUAUUUAGCAGAGGUAUAUACAAAAUUCUGCCAAAAAACUUCAUCAUAAAAACUCAUCCCUGAUACCAUUUUUUUAUUUUGGACAAACACACCACAAGCAAAGCAACUUGGUUAAUAAGAAAAAUUAGUAAAAUCAUGAUUAUGUCAAUUUCAAAUAUAAUUUUGUAAAAAAAAAGCAGUGUAAUUUGUAUUUUUUAACUUUUAACAGAUUUACGAAAACAAAUAAAUUUUAACAAAAGAAUUAAAUCCAUUUCGUUUUUACAGCCAAACUUUUUAACAGAUUUAAAUUCAUUCAUAUUUCAAUUUCUAUGAGUUUCAAGGAACGCAGCUUCAUCGAAAUAUCCAUUAACAGCAUCACCUUUCAUCUUUGCAAUUCAAUUAAGGCAUUAGUCGUAGAUCUGCUCGACUUGUUUCCUCCUCCUUUAAUUAGGAGUUUAGGACUCUGGCGAGGCUGUGGAGGAUCCUCACGAGCGCAUUGCGACGGAGGCACUCCUAAGUUCUUUGUCCUGCAACCUAUAUGUCAUUUAAUUUUGCCUGCCAAAUCAUUGUAUGAGAUCUUGUGGCAAGAAUCUACAAACAUCAGCAAGACAUUAUCAUAUGGGGAUCUAAGCCUAGCAAAUUCAUGAUGGGAAUUUCAAUCAUGUUAAUGAACAAGUGAUAGUGGACAGAAUUUAAAUACAUACAUAACAGUGUUGUUUUGGGAACAAAGCUCCUUCAAGGAUCUUUAGGGAUGAUAGUGUGCUUUGGAUGGCGACAGUUUCUUUUGUUUGUGACACUUGUUUUCUUUCUAACCCAUUUUCUCUCAGUUAUGGAGUUGCAUCAAGACUCAAAUGUUAAAGAUCCACACCAAAAGAAACAAAAGAAAUUUAAUCAUCUUGUUCUUGGACCCCCUGCUGGUGAAGGUCUGCCAAAUCGUUUGCAAUGCAAAGGUACCAAGGCUCUUAACAAGAUCCAAAUAUCAACAUCCUCCAACAUUUCAAAUGGUGGUGGUGGUGUUUCUUUUGUUACAAUUUUCAUGGUUUAUAACUCUAGUGUUGAUGAUGUCAAAUCAAGGGAUGCUGCAACCAUUGUGGGAAGAGUUUCAUACAACAAAGUGGAAAGGUCAAUGGCAGUCUUGAAUACUUUCAUAAAUUUUAUACAGCUGGCAAUGCCUGAAAGCAACAUGGUCAUCUUAACUGAUCCAGCAUCCAGGCUUCCACUAAAGAGAAACAGGGUGACUGUAUAUUCAGUUGAAGGUGAAUAUUCACGCGACAAGUUGAUGCUUCAAAGAAUCAGGUCUUACAUUGCUUUUCUAGAGAAAAGGCUUGAAGACCAUUCACGGGAACCAACCCAAAAAAUUACUAAUUUUAUUUUCACAGAUUCAGACAUAUCAGUAGUUGAUGACGUGGCACAAAUAUUUAACAGAUAUGAAAAUUUCCAUUUGGCACUCACUUUUCGUAACAACAAACAGCAGCCUUUAAAUUCAGGGUUCAUAGCAGUCAGGGGUACCCCUGAUGGAAUUUUAAGGGCAAAGGUUUUCUUGGAGGAAGUUUUGAAUGUUUAUGUCACAAAAUACAUGAAAGCUUCACGAAUGCUUGGAGAUCAACUUGCUCUUUAUUGGGUUGUAAAAUCUCAUACUUCAUUUGAUGAAAAAAAGUUUAAUAAAGCAGAACCUUUUCUUGAGGAAAUUGGUGGGGCCUCUGUGCUCUUCUUGCCUUGUUUGGUCUACAACUGGACCCCACCUGAAGGUGCUGGUCAGUUUCAUGGCAUGCCCUUGAAUGUAAAGGUGGUUCAUUUCAAGGGAUCAAGGAAACGGCUUAUGCUUGAGUCUUGGAAUUUCUUCAAGUCUUCUUCAUCUACUGAGGAUCAUGAUGUAUCAGUAUCAGUAUCACACAUGUUGUGCCUUGUAUUAAGUAGUGGAAGAACAAAGUAUGAUUUUUAAACAACAAAACAACAAAAUUAUGGUUUUUUUUAAAAAAAAAAAAAAGAGGAAUCUCAUCUUUUUGUUUUGGUGUUAUUUAAGUUUGAUUUGGUUGUUUAUAUGUAUUUUUUUUGGUAGCGUUAUUUUAAUUAAUUUAUUAUGUAUGAAUAUUUGAUUUUUUUUUAGUUAAAUGAGUUAAAAGGUUGUGUUGUUUUGCUUAAA